UACUACAGCUAUAAAACCAAAACUUUUUACGCGUUGAAGUAUAGUAGGUACAGAAAUGUAUUUUUAUUUUAUUUCAUGUGAAUGCAAAAUUUUACAACUAGUUAUAUAGUUUAAGUUAUGGAUUUGAAAUUGUUCACCGCACUCUGUGUAUUCACUGCAUCAUGCACAGCAGUAAGGCUCCACACACUCUUUCAACUCAUUGACAGUAGCUCUAACAGACGCUACGAUUCAAAUAUACAAGGCUUUCUCCACGUUGGUAACGAUUACUCAGUAUUCCUCAGAGCACCUGCCGAUAACGAUAAACAUUUAAUCUACGAGCUGUACGAAACUGAUAAUAUACCUAACACUCGAAAAUCCUAUGACUACAAGCCGUCAAUGCUAGCCGUAUCGCAAAUACCUAUAGAAUAUAUAAAGGAACAGUUGCGUAUAUACAGGGACGAGUUACGCAAUGCCACUUAUAUGGACGAAUAUAUAGUGCCAGGUACUCAGGUGAUGACUUUGAGAGAGUGGCAGAUUGCGAAGGCAUUAAGAUUACGGGAAGAAAAUGGGACUAAUACACCUUUGCGAAGCGAACCACUGGUCUUAAGGAUGCUCAAUUGACCGUAACCGAAAGACACAUUCAGUUUAUAGUAAAAUAUUUGCAUCAGCUUAAUAAAUGCUACUACUAUGUACCU